AUGGAUAACACAAACGCACACCCACAAGAUCCGUGCACAUCAUCGGGAACGACCAAUAACAACGCGUCCCGCCGAGGAGACGGAUUUCCGGCCGACCACAAAAUCGAGAAGAGCGCAAACUCAGCCUUGGAUGCCGAACUGAUCCAGAAACUGGUCACCAUGAGUCACGAAGCCAAAACCUUCGCUCAUUGUCCUUACAGCAAGUUCCGUGUGGGGGCGGCCCUGCUGGGCAAGAACGGGCACAUCUACCUGGGUUGUAACGUCGAGAACGCCUCCUACACGGUGGGGAUCUGCGCCGAGCGCAACGCCAUCUACAAAGCCGUGUCUGAAGGCUGCAAGGAAUUCACCGCCAUCGCCAUCGCCAGGUACGUCCCCCCCAAAUCUCCUAAAGUCUACGUGUACCCAAAACUUUUACAUGGAAGGCUGAGGACCCCGUUCGGGACGGAGUGGGAGAUCUUCCUGGCCAAGCCGAGCGGCUCCUUCCUGCUGACCUCCCUCCACCACAUGCUGCCGAUGUCCUUUGGGCCGGAGAACCUGAAGAUCUGAGGCGACGUUCUCUUCCUGUACAUUCUCUUAUUUAUUGGGUGCGGCGGGAGGCGCCGGGGGUCUUCCU